CUAUAUAUCAUCCACGGCCGUGCACCGCCGCUAGCCAGUAGCAAGCCCAGCUCGCUCCCAGACCACCCCCAACUCACCCGGCAAGGCAACCCGCUUCAUCCCCGCCACCCAAGUAACGACAUGGUGUUCGAGCAGGAGGAGGAGGUGGCGCCGGGCGCGGUGCACGGGCACCGGCUGUCGACGGUGGUGCCGAGCUCGGUGACGGGGGAGGUGGACUACGCGCUGGCGGACGCCGACCUCGCCUUCAAGCUGCACUACCUGCGCGGGGUGUACUACUACCCGGCCGGGGACGUGGCGCGCGGCAUCACCACCAAGGUGCUCAAGGACCCCAUGUUCCCCUGGCUCGACGACUACUUCCCCGUCGCCGGCCGCGUCCGCCGCGCCGACGACGACGCCGCGGGUCGCCGCCCCUACAUCAAGUGCAAUGACUGCGGCGUCCGCAUCGUGGAGGCCAAGUGUGACCGCGACAUGGCCGACUGGCUCCGCGACGACGCGCCCGACCGCCUCAGGCAGCUCUGCUACGACAAGGUCCUCGGCCCGGAGCUCUUCUUCUCGCCGCUGCUCUACGUCCAGAUCACAAACUUCAAAUGCGGCGGGCUGGCGCUCGGCUUCAGCUGGGCGCACCUCAUCGGCGACGUGCAAUCGGCCGCGACCUGCUUCAACAAGUGGGCGCAGAUCCUGAGCGGCAAGAAGCCGGAAGCCACCGUCCUCACCCCGGAGAACAAGCCGCUGCAGGGCCAGUCCCCCGCCGGCGCCGCCGCGCCGCGCUCCGUCAAGCAGGUCGGGCCCAUCGAGGACCAUUGGCUGGUCCCCGCGGGGCGCGACAUGGCGUGCUACUCCUUCCACGUCACGGAGGCAACGCUCAAGAAGCUCGAGCAGCAGCAGGGGCGCCACGCCGCGGCGGCGGGCACCUUCGAGCUCGUCUCGGCGCUGCUGUGGCAGGCGGUGGCGAGGAUCAGGGGCGGCACGCAGACCGUGACCGUGGUCAAGACCGACGCGGCCGCCCGGAGCGGCAGAGCCCUGGCGAACGAGAUGAAGGUCGGGUACGUGGAGGCGUCCGGGUCGUCGCCGGCGAAGACGGACGUGGCCGAGCUGGCGGCGCUGCUGGCCAAGGGCGUGGUCGACGAGACCGCCGCGGUGGCGGCGUUCCCGGGGGACGUCCUCGUGUACGGCGGCGCCCACCUGACGCUCGUGGACAUGGAGCGGGUGGACGUGUACGGGCUGGAGAUCAAGGGGCAGCGGCCGGUCCACGUGGAGUACGGCAUGGACGGCGUCGGCGAGGAGGGCGCGGUGCUGGUGCAGCCCGACGCCGACGGCCGCGGCCGCCUCGUCACCGCGGUGCUGCCCAAGGACGAGAUCGAGAGCCUCCGCGCCGCGAUCGGGAGCGCGCUGCAGGUCGCCUGAAAGCUCUAGUGUGGUGAUGGCUACGUACUCGUACGGUUUGGUGAGCUUAGUAGCCUAAUUUGGCGCAUGUUUCUUUAUUGGUGAUCAGGUGAUGUGGUGUAUGAUGAUGCGCCAUACUGUGAUCAGUUUGAGAAGUUUUCUGUAUUGGAUGAUGCUCACGUAAUAAGUUGUUCCGAUUAGCUUAUGCAAGAAUGUACCAAGAUUUACACAGGAUACUUUGAAAAAUAAUAGUUUGAGAGUUGAGACAGCAU